UUCUCUCCCCGCCUCCGCGCUACGGCGCGCCCGGGCUCCGGAGCCAUCAUGGGCGCCGCCGCGUGGGCAUCGUCGCCCCUGCUGCUGCGUGUGUCUCUCCUGAUGCUGAUUCUGCCGCUCCCGGGGCUGCCUGCGGGCUCCUGGGACCCGGCCGGUUACCUGCUCUACUGCCCAUGCAUGGGGCGCUUCGGGAACCAGGCCGAUCACUUCUUGGGCUCCCUGGCUUUUGCAAAGCUGUUGAACCGCACCUUGGCUGUACCCCCUUGGAUUGAGUACCAGCACCACAAGCCUCCCUUCACCAACCUCCACGUGUCCUACCAGAAGUACUUCAAGCUGGAGCCCCUCCAGGCCUACCAUCGGGUCAUCAGCCUGGAGGACUUUAUGGAGAAGCUGGCGCCCACUCAUUGGCCCCCUGAGCAGCGGGUGGCAUACUGCUUUGAGGUGGCAGCACAGCGAAGCCCUGAUAAGAAGACCUGUCCCAUGAAGGAAGGAAAUCCCUUUGGUCCAUUUUGGGAUCAGUUUCAUGUGAGUUUCAACAAGUCCGAGCUUUUUUCGGGCAUUUCCUUCAGCGCCUCCUACAAAGACCAGUGGAUCCAGAGAUUUUCUCCAAAGGAACAUCCAGUGCUCGCCCUCCCAGGGGCCCCGGCCCAGUUCCCCGUCCUGGAGGAGCACAGGCCGCUCCAAAAGUAUAUGGUGUGGUCAGACGAGAUGGUAAAGACCGGAGAGGCCCACAUCCGCGCCCAUCUCAUCCGGCCCUAUGUGGGCAUUCACCUGCGCAUUGGCUCCGACUGGAAAAACGCCUGCACCAUGCUGAAGGACGGGACCGCGGGCUCCCACUUCAUGGCCUCCCCGCAGUGUGUGGGCUACAGCCGCAGCACGGCGGCCCCCCUCACCGUGACCAUGUGCCUCCCUGACCUGAAGGAGAUCCGACGGGCCGUGGAGCUGUGGGUGGAAACGCUGAACGCCCGGUCGGUCUACAUUGCCACGGAUUCUGAGAACUACGUGCCCGAGAUCCAAGAGCUCUUCAAAGGGAAGGUCAAGGUGGUGAGCCUGCAGCCCGAAGUGGCCCAGAUCGACCUGUACAUCCUCGGCCAAGCCGACCAUUUUAUUGGCAACUGCGUCUCCUCCUUCACUGCCUUUGUGAAGCGGGAACGGGACCUCCAGGGGAAGCGGUCCUCUUUCUUCGGCAUGGACCAGCCCCCACAGCUGCGGGAUGAGUUCUGAUCCUGGCUGGAGCAUGCCGCCAGUCUGAGCUGGUCUCGCUUUCCGGGCCUGACAGCCAGCCAUGCUCCCAAGGCUGGCAAGCUCUUCCCCCUCGCCAGAGACAGAAGAGCACCAGGGGCCUCUGGAGGAGGAGGACUCCAUCUCCCAGGGCACAGGGCUCUCGGGCUCCUGGGGCCAGAGCAUCUCCACUCCCUGUGUGCCUCCUGCUAUUUCUCCUGGGCAUUCUCACACUGGCAGGGCGGCCCAGCCUCCAUGUUUUGGCUGCCCUGCUCUGAGCAGCCUAGGGGGCUGAACUCUAUUCAGUGACUUUUUUUUAUAGAGAGACAGAGAUACUUACAAUUUUGAUAUGAGGUCAUGACUACCCUAGAACUCUCCUUCAUUUGUAAAAAUCAGUGAAAUUCAUUGCCGUAGGUAUCUAAAGUGACCUUGAAUGAGGAUGAGGCCGGGGAUGGAGUGGAUGUAUUGACUCCUUUCCCAGCUGACCCCUAACGUAGCCCUUAGACGGGGCCAGAGCCAGCCCCAGGGCCUGGCCAGAGCCCUCAUCAGCCCCUCUUCUGAGGCCGUUUCCAGGGUUUGGGGCGCGAGCCCUCGUCUCCAUCCAAAACACUGUGCAAACGGAAGUCGUGAAUCAUGAUGCCGUGCACUGCUGGAGACACUGAGCGCUGCCCACACAGCACGUUCCAAGCAAGCAGCACCUGCCAGACCAUCAUGCUGUUGCCCCCAAGAGUGUGCUGGUGCUUGGUGGCCUGCCUCAAACCUGGCUCCAUAGAGACCUUGGAGCGUGUCCGCCCAGCCUACCUCCUGCGGUUAGGGCUCUCAGGCCAGAUUUUCACCAGGGAGUGUUUGCUAAGCCUCUGACUGGAUAGGAGACGCCCCUGACGCAGAAGCCAUCAGACUCCCAGUUUGCCCUUCCUGUCCAAGGAAAUCUCUGACAACCCCAUGAGAUUUAAAGUAUUACAUCAUGCGGUUUUGUUUUUUUUUAAAUUCUCAAAUGCUACAGUUGUGAUCAUCAUGACUCCUAAGAUUCUGUGAUGUUUUGGCCUCGUGGUCCAAAAAUUCACGUUGACCUCC